AUGGCAGCAUGGCUUGUUGGAUGGACUAAUUUUCUUGGACAAACUGCCGGUGUGGCGGUUGCCAUCUCUAUUACGAUCCUCAUACUUACUGAAGAUAAACUCCCCGCAUCCGAGGUCUUCGGCAAGGUAAUCGACGGCUCUGGCUGGAACAGUACCGGCUUCUCAUAUCUCAUCGGCUACUUGUCCAUUGCUUGGUCGUUCACUGAUUACGAUGCUACUGCGCAUCUCAGCGAAGAGCUACAUAACGCGGCCAUUAGUGGCCCCGUUGCCAUUGCUCAAUCCCUAGUCAUUACAUGGGUCUUUGGGCUGUUGCUAAACAUUUCUUACGGCUUCUGUGCCACUGAUCGUGAAGCACUCCUUAGCUCACCGCUAGGCAACCCAGCCACACAGAUAUUUCUCAAUGCCGCCGGUAGAAGAGGUGGCAUCGCACUCUGGUUUUGGGUUGUCCUAGUUCAAAUAUUCACUGGUGCUACUGCGAUGCUGUCUGACACACGUACAGCCUUUGCAUUGGCUCGCGACGACUUGUUCCCUGGUUCUAAGAUGCUACGCAAGAUGAACCACAACACGAACACUCCAUUGUAUAGUGUUUGGUUCGUCGUCAUUAUCUGCUGCUUGCUCAACUUGAUCGCCUUAGGGAGCGCGCAAACCAUCAACGGUAUCUUCGGAAUUACAGCUCCAGCUUGCGACUUGUCUUACAUCGCCGUCAUCGCCGGUAGGUUGUAUUACGAUCGCGAACGGCCUAUUGCCAAGGGACCUUUCUCGCUCGGAAAGUUCCAGAAGCCAAUCAACUACAUUGCAUGCAUCUGGACCGUGUUUCUUACCGUCGUUCUUUUCUUCCCGCCAACUUAUCCCGUGACAGCCGAAAACAUGAACUAUGCUGUGGCUAUUAGUGUUGCUAUUUUUCUGUUUGCAACGGCUUGGUGGUUUCUGGGUGCAAAUAAGCGAUACAUUGGUCCGCGGAACGACGAGCACAUGGAUGACGAGGAUUUGCGGGGCAGGCCUGCGCCCGCUUGA